UCGCGGUACUCCUAUGGUGGAAGCAAGUAAACGCAGCAGGGUCACAUUUUUCCAGAUUUUCGAGAGAUUGUUACUCUAAUCUGCAACUUUAUUGUCCAACUAGAUUACCAGGCUGGCAGGUGAUCCAGGUGAACUUCCUCUGCGGACCGAAAUGAGCCCGGGUAUAUGAUAUAUGCUUGACCGUCUGGGAUUCCCUCUUCGCGGCAAUUACUAUGUCUUGGCUAUACUUGCUUUCUAUAACCUUCUCAAUGAUGUUCUCUCUGUGUCAAGGGCAAACACAGUCCUUGCUUGGCUACUUGAAAAAUCGGUCCGAUACUUCGAAACUUGUGGAAUGGAUAGAAACUCCGCCAGGGUCUUUUACAUUCUUUGCGCCAAAUAAUGAUGCAAUUGAGAGUCUCAAUGAACGCUACCGUGACUGGCUUGUUUCUCCGCUUGGGCGCGAUACAAUAGGAAACUUGUUGAUACACCAUUAUGUUCCCAACACCAAGUUCAUGACGAGCUCGUUUAAUGAAACUUACGGCCGCUUCCAGACUGGUUCUUAUCUCUUGGUUGGAGCGCAGGCAAUCGACAACACUGUCGUCCUGAAUAGGGUUGCUCAUAUUGUCGAGGGUGAUAUAAAUGUUGACUCUGGCAUUGUUCAUAUCAUCGAUCGUGUACUGUCACAUCGUAUCAGGAAUGGGAACCAGAGGAUGCGAGGCUCAUCUCACAGACAUUCAUUCCUGGAUCGUGUUCUAAUCCUGCUCUGCCUUACUGCUAAGCCAGAUACACACCAAAAAAAGAAAAACCCAUAUAUAGGAAUCCCGCUCCAUCCCGCCUUGGGGCGGGAGAGGGCGCAUACCUAUAUAUGGUAUCCCCACCAGUUUCUUAUUUAGUUUUGGACGUUUUGGACAAUUAGAAAUUCGGCUGAAAUUUUACUUUUCUUGGUGUGAUAAGUAGUGCCGUGACG